GUGACGUAAUGACGUAGCACUCGUGCGCUUAAUGCUAGCACAGUUAGCAUGAGCUUUUUGGGAGCAAGUUUACAUUAACCUCUAACUAUUUUUUUUUGUUUUCACUAACUACGCCUGGAAGGUUACAUCUUCGGCAACACCAUGAGCACAUUAUGGAUGGGGAACCUGGAGACGUACAUGGACGAGAAGUUCAUCACCAGAGCUUUUUCAACCAUGGGCGAGCAGGUGGUCAAUGUGCGAAUCAUUCGCAACAAGAUGACAGGUGUGUCAUCACCCAGGGGUGCUCUGGGUUAUUGCUUUGUGGAGAUGACAGAUGAGGCCACGGCUGAGAGGUGCUUGCGCAAAAUCAAUGGAAAGGCCCUACCAGGAGCAAAUCCACCAACAAGGUUCAAGUUGAACAGAGCCACCUUUGGAAAACAAGAAACAGGUCAGAUGUAUUCUCUGUUUGUGGGAGAUCUAACACCAGAAGUGGAUGAUGGGAUGCUUUAUGAGUUCUUCUACAACCGCUAUCCUUCCUGCCGUGGAGGAAAAGUGGUGCUUGACAGCAUGGGCAACUCCAAGGGCUGUGGCUUCGUUCAGUUCCCAGAUGAGCGGCUGCAGAAGCGGGCAUUAGAUGAGUGUCAGGGUGCUGUGGGACUGGGUGGGAAACCUUUGAGACUGAGCCUGGCUGCUAACAAUUUAAGGAACAGACCACAGCAGCAACAGCAGUCAGACAACAGGUCUUGGAAUUCCAGCACAGGAUACAGGCCCGCUUACGACCAGUACAGCCAGUACCAGCAGCAGGCGUAUCCUGGGUAUUAUCCCUCUUGGGGCUAUGACCAGACUGCAUAUGGCUACGGGUAUCCACAGUAUGACUACACACAGUAUGCCAUUCCACAGGAAACUGCAGAGGCUGUGGAGGUUGAGGAUGAUGGACUUGAAGAUCCCAGUCCGGAGAUGGAUGUGGUCGAAGCCAACAGGCAGUUCAUGGAGCACAGCGAGGAGUUGUACGACGCACUGAUCGAUUGUCACUGGCAAUCGGCUGACUUUACAGCAGAACAGGACUACAUGAUGUCCAUCCUGCCAGAGCCCAUUCACUGCUGAUACUGAACUCUGUUCCUCGGUGCUGUUCUAUCACCACCAGUGUGCCAGAAGUGUGACUGUGUCGAUUUAUUUUUUACGUAAAGGAGGAAGGCCUGUAAAUUUAUUUGUUUAAAUGAACUGUGAGCAUACAUGAUAAGUAUGCUUUUAAUUCUUAUUUGAUACAUUUGAUUGAUUAUUCUUUUAAGGGUGUCUUUUUUUUUGGGGGGGGGGUUAUUUUAUUUUAUUGUAUUUUAUUGUAUUUUAUUUUUUUCCAUCCCUGUUUGUAGCUUCAGUGUACAGAAUUGAUUCCCCAGUUAAAAAACAUGUAUUUCAGAAGGGAGAGGAUGGCCUAAAGUGUUCAUUCUACGAUGUUUAGAAUAUUAAGCUAAUAUCAAAAGGAUCAUUACCCCAAAAAAACAAAGAAAGAAAACAUAUGUCUCAUGUUUUUUGUCAUUAUGAAUGUAAAUUCACAUUUCUGUUGCAGUUUGUUCUGUUUUCACUAUGGCCGAGUUUUUAAAAGUCCAUCUUCAUGUAAAUGAUCAGAUAUUGAUCAACCAAAGUCCUGCUGUUUUGUUUUUGUUUUUUUUUAAAUUUUAUAUAUGAUUGCUCUGAUUGAUGAGUAAAGCUCAAACCUAACCUGUGCGUUGAGUCACCUAUACACAAAAAAAAAAUGACGUAUUGGCUCUAAAAAGGGUUUUUAUCCAAUGGCCUUUAUGUCAGUGUUUAUUGUAAACAUCUGAGAAUCUUUCAUAUUCGAGCAAAAUUAACAUUGUGGCUCAGACAUCUGUAACUAAAUUUAUACUGAAGUGAAUUGAUUCAGGAAAUUGGUGAUGUUACGUAACCCUGGUGCUCACACUGAUUAUUAUAUGGGUAAACGACAUUGUUUCUCAUGCAGGCAUAUGGCAAAUUUAUCAGCACUGAUGAUCACAGUAUAUAUACAGUUGUUGAACCUUAACAUAAUUCUUGGUUAAACGCCUUAUACUUUUUUACAGUUGGAGUUGGAUAUUUAGUCUGAGUUCAUUAAUUAUGAAUCAUUAGCUGCAGCUUCUGAGAACUAUCCCCAGUUGUAGAUGAACGGUGAUGCACACGUAAACUAUCACCCACGACAUGUUGGCUGCUUAUAAUUGGAGGUGUCUUUAUCAGUGUCAGCUCUGACAACUUUACACAUGAUUAGUUCUAAGUCAGAAUACCAUUUUGUCGUCACCCUCCAUGUGCUGGAUGUGUGUUAACAGUUAAUAGCUCAUAGAUUGUCUUAUGUAGCCUGUGGUGAAGGGAUAUGAAGGGAAAGAGGGCA